UUGUCCUCUGACAAACGCCCUCCAUUCAUGUAAAUGCCGCAUUCAGAGAUUUGUGACCUGUUCAAAACCACUUUUGAAAUAGUUUUGUUUGAUAUAGCUUUGUUUUAAUGUUGGAUAUUUAUUUAGGUAAGAGAGCCAAGUUCAGAAGACCCAACUUUCUUCUCGCCGGUUGUCAUAGCAACGCUGCGCAUCAGGCGUAAUGAUGCUAGCUAGCGGGCUAUUGGUUUAAUCAGAUAGCACUUUAUAACUACGCAACCGUUGAGUAUUUUUUAAGCCGUCCAUUUAUUGCGGUUUGAUUUAAAAUCUGUUCAGCGUGGCUAAUUUAACUCAGUGCGCCAUAUGUAUGUAGGCACAUUAGCCAGUUCAUUGGUCGUGAAAGGGAUGGAGCUUUGUAGCUAAGAUAGCUGGCCUGUCCGAGUGUAAAACAGCGGAGAUGUAAACGGUCACAUUCCGUCACUCCUGGGUUGUUCACAUUAUCACAUUAAAGGAAAAAUAUAUUCCAAUGCUGGCUAAGGGUUAACGUCCUCCUUUUCACUGCGAGUACAUUUACAUGCACAAAGCAGGGAACCAUGAGCACAGGAAAGCCAAGUGGCCUCAAGCCACCUACUAAGAUUGGUAAGCCUGCAGGUGUACCAACCAAGACCUCCCCUCCCUCAGGUAAGCCUGCAGGUGUACCAACCAAGACCUCCCCUCCCUCAGGUAAGCCUGCAGGUGUACCAACCAAGACCUCCCCUCCCUCAGGCGCCGCGGUGGUUAGUGACUCAACCGCAGAGUUUUCUGUGGGUGAUCGUGUGUGGGUGAACGGAAAUAAGCCCGGCUACAUCCAGUUCAUUGGCAACACCCAGUUCGCACCAGGGCAGUGGGCAGGCAUCGUUUUGGACGAGCCCAUUGGCAAGAACGAUGGGGCUGUGGCGGGUAUUCGCUACUUUCAGUGUGAGGACCUGCGGGGCAUUUUUACCCGGCCCUCCAAACUGUCCCGCACUCUGGUCCCGGAGCAGGAGAUCAAUGGCCCACAGAAGUCCGCCAGCCAAGCAUCCUCCACUGCCCCUACAGCUGCGGCUGCCCCUACAGCUAGUGCCAUUGAUGACAGCCAGGCCGUUGCUGCUACCAAGACCUCCACAAACCUAGCCACAGUGGCCAGUGGUUCUGUCUCCAACCUGUCAGAGACAGACUCAGCGAAGAAAGGAAAACGUGAGAUGAAACUGGGUGACCGUGUGCUGGUCGGAGGAACUAAGGCAGGUGUUGUACGCUUCCUGGGUGAGACUGACUUUGCCAAGGGAGAGUGGUGUGGGGUGGAGCUGGACGAACCGCUCGGCAAGAACGACGGAGCAGUGGCAGGCGCCAGGUAUUUCCAGUGUCUGCCGAAGUACGGCCUCUUUGCUCCCACACACAAAGUGACCCGGAUCGGCUUCCCCUCCACCACCAAAGCCAAGAGCUCACGCCGCAGGUCCACCCUGCAGCACAGCCCCAGCGCCUCCUCUGUCAGCUCCCUGAGCUCCCUCACCUCCUCCGUGGGAGGCAAACCCAGCCGUGCAGGCCUGCUAACGGAGACGUCAUCCCGCUAUGCACGGAAGAUCUCGGGGACAACAGCCCUGCAGGAGGCACUGAAGGAGAAGCAGCAGCACAUCGAGCAGCUCCUGGCCGAGCGCGACCUGGAGAGGACGGAGGUGGCCAGGGCCACCAGCCAUGCCGGGGAGGUGCAGCAGGAACUCGCCCUGCUCAGACAAGGUCAGGAGCAGUAUGCCCUUGAGAUGGAGGCUAAAAUGGACCAGCUGCGCAGGCUCGUGGAGUCUGCAGACAGGGAUAAAGUGGAGCUGCUCAAUCAGCUGGAAGAGGAAAAAAGGAGGGUAGAAGACCUUCAGUUCCGUGUAGAGGAAGCCUGCAUCACCAAAGGUGACCUUGAGACGCAGACCAAACUGGAGCAUGCCCACAUUAAGGAGCUCGAACAGAGCCUUCUCUUUGAAAAGACCAAAGCUGAUAAACUCCAGAGGGAGUUAGAGGAUACUAGGGUGGCCACGGUGUCUGAGAGGUCACGCAUCAUGGAGCUGGAGAAGGAGGUGGCCGAGCUGCAACUGCACCUGCGAUCGCAGCGAGCGGAAGCUGGAUCAGCCUCGCCGCCACUGCAAGACAGGAAGGUUCGAGAGCUGAGCAGUGAGCUGGAAACCAGACAGAAGGAGGUUCUGCUCCUCCAGCAGAGACUCAGCUCCUCUGACCAGGAGAACGCCUCCCUUCAGCAGCAGCUGGGUGACUUGAAGCGGAAACUUGCUGCAGCGUCUGAAGAAUGUGACAAGACAACGCUGUCCAUUCAAGAGAUGGAGAGGAGCAGGUGGGUAGAGAGAGAGCGGCUGGAGCAGCUGCGCACCGAGAAGGAGCGGCUGGAGGAGGAGGCAUCCUCCCAGCACAGCAAGGAGCGCAGGAUCAGUGAGGAGCUGAAGGAGAGGCUGGGAGGAGCGGAGCGGGAGCUGAGCGCAGCACGGGAGAGGAGUGCCAAGCUGGAGCAGCACGUGGCACAACUGCAGAGGUUCAAGGAGCAAACCCAGAGCACACAGUCGGCUGAGGAACUGGACCAGCUAAAACAGAUAAAUGAAAAACUGCGGCAGGAGCUUGAAGGCCUGAAGCAGCAGAACUCCAGGUGUCAAGACGAGCUCUGCUUCACCAAGGAGCAGCUCAGCGCUGAGAGCCGGCGCAUCGGGAGGCUGUGUAAGGAAAUUGAAGAGCUGAAGCUAUCGGCGGGUCAGAGGCCACAGAGGCUGGCGGCGCUCCAGGAGGACAACGGGAAGCUGGCGCGGGAGACGCUUGAGGGUGAGCAUCACACACUCAGCAGCCAGCUGGAGGUGAAGGAGAGAGAAAAGCCCAAUGCAUUAAUAUCAGAGAGGGACAAAGAGUUGGAGGCACUAAGAAAUGAGAUCGCCGUGCUGCGGGGCAAGAGUGCCAUGGCCAAAACACUGCAGGCUGCCGUGGAAACGCUGGAGAGGGACAAACUACAGCUGCAGAACAGGGUGCACAGCCUGGAGCUGGAACUGGGUGGCGGCCAGCCACACGGCUCGCCCUACAGCCAACCGGAGACCUCAGGUGACGUGGACAUAAACCAGCUUAGGGAAGAGAAAGAGUUUGCUGAGGGGCAGAUCAACUUCCUCAAUUCGGUCAUUGUGGAUCUUCAAAGGAAGAAUGAAGAACUGAAGGUGAAGCUGAAGAAGAUGGCCUUGGCUGAGUUCAACGGCAAUGACGAGGAUGGAUCCGUUGAAGUCAAAAAGAAAAAGAAAGCCCCGCCUCGCGUCUUCUGCGACAUCUGCGACUGUUUCGACCUGCACGACACAGAAGACUGUCCCACCCAGACACAGUCGCCCGACUCUCCGCCACACAGCACGCACCACGGCAGCCGCGGGGGCAAGCGGCCCUACUGUGACAUCUGUGAGGCCUUCGGCCACUGGACGGACUCCUGCAAUGACGACCAAACCUUCUAGACACCUCGGCCCCGCCCCCACUCCUCUCCCAACCUCCAGCCUCAACCCAUUUGAAAACCAGGCACAAAAUGCUUUUAACAAGGUCAGCCCCAAUUUUUUGUACACUGUACAUUUGUACACACACUUCUGUACAUUCCUCUAUUGAAGGCUACGCAGUGCUGCCUUUUGGAACUGCCCUGAAGGAAAGCGCUCUUUUUUCUGUGUGAUGUUAAUCCUGUUUUGUGUUGUGUAAAGGUUGUGAUUUUCCAGUCCUACGUGACUUGAUCGCCUGGGUGUUGAUGAAGUGGAAAGUAAGUGGUUACAUGUAGUAGAGAAUCCAAACAGACAAAGCCCACAGACACAGGGAAGCUGUCACUCCAAUGUUGCUCCACCCUCCAACUCUAAGCUGACCAAUAGGAACUUAUUGCACUGCUCACUUUAAAUGCAUUCCUUGUUAUGUAUUCAGCACGUUUAACUGUUCCUCUGAGUUGACAUCUUAAGUUAUUCUUUUAUAUUUAAUAAUUGUCAGAAAAAAAUGGUCACAAUAAUGUCUUAUGUCAUGUCCACUAAAUUAAUCAAAGCACAAGUUUGGAUCAUAUUGUAUAUCUCUGUAUAAUUGCAAUAUUUAUAUUAAUGACAACAUUUACAGAACAAGUUGUAAAACUGCAAAAUGACUUUUUUUGUUUGUUUUCUGUCAGAAAUUAUGCAAAGAUACAAUGUGGGUAUUUUUGCUUUGUUUAAAGAGAUCCUAUGUAUAUUAACAUUUUUGCUUUGAUUGCAAUGAAAGAAGUACUUGUAAUAACAGCCAAAUAUGGUAAACUUUCCUUCUGACGUUGUGAGUCUUAUGAUGGCCCUGCUCAAGAAAUACAUACAUACUAACUCAGUAUAACACUGAA